UUGCACAAAAAUCACAAAUCAAGUGGAAAUCCUGUAACUUCCAAUGAGAUACUUCAGACAGAACCGGUGGACAUAUUCGAUAACAACGGAAAAGGAGACAUAGUGCAACUCUGGAAUCUACGAAAGAAUGACACAAGAGCCUACAACGCCAUCUGGUGGGAGGACUUAAAAUGGAACAUUACUGACAAAUAUGGUAACACCGUCAUACCGUACACUAUUACUGGACCGUACAAUGGUCAGAUUGAACUUGUGCGAGUGAUUUUUGUGGAAACCAAUGUACUUGAAGGUCAAUCCGAACAAGAACUUAUUGCUAACGCUAUGCAGCGAAUCAUGGACAACACAUGCAUUCGGUUCAGGAAACGUACCUAUGAAGAGGACUACAUAGAUAUCGUCAACGAACGGGAUCAGGGUUGCUACACGAACGUCGGACGUCAAGUAGGCCGUAACGUUUUGCAACUCGAAUCUAGCAAUGCAAAUACAUGCAUGGCACCGAGAACCGUUUUACAUGAGUUGCUGCACCUUUGCGGUCUAUGGCAUGAACAUAUGAGAUACGAUCGUGAUAGCUACAUUGAAAUUCUUUAUGGCAAUAUCCAGGAAGAAUAUCACAUUCAAUUCGGGAAAGUCAAUCCUUACUAUGCAAGUACUUACCAUGUACCGUACGAUUACAAAUCUGUGAUGCACUACAAUAAGAAGGCCUUCGCAAAGCCGUCCAAAAUCAGCAUACGGACUAAAGAUCCGAAAUACCAGGUGAUUUGCCUUUUAUUCACACUUUUCCUCAGAAUUUUUACAUAA